UCCCACCAUCAUCACCACUUCAACCUUCUCCCUUUUAUUCAACACACAAACAUUAUUCUUCUCUCCCAACUAAUUAUUUUCUUAAUAAUAAUAAUAAUCACUCCCUCAUUUUAUUUCCAUGGAAACCACUCUUUUAUUAUAAAUUAUCAUUUCUCUUCUUCUUAUUAUUAUAAUUGAUUAAUUUAUUGUUUUCAUCAUGGGAAACGGCGUCGGAAAAUUGACCGUUUGUUUCACCGGACCCGACAUCAUCCACCGUCGUAAACACCUCACCGCCGACAUCAUCUCUGACCCAGUUGACGAUCUGGGUCAUUCUUUUAUCUACCGCCGACCCGACCCAUCUCAGCUUUCUUCAUCAAAAGUCCACUCAGCUGAUGAAACGACGACGUUUAAGUCAAUCUCCGGCGCCUCUGUUUCAGCCAAUACUUCAACUCCUCUGUCUACAUCUUUUCUUGAUGUUUAUUCUUAUAAUAUAAUUGAUAAAGCUUCAGCUAUUGAAAGUUCUACUUCUUUUACUUCAGGCCCACUUCAUCCUUUACCUAGAAACUCAAUAAAUUCGGGUCCUUUACCUGGCCCAGGUGCGUUUUCGGGCCCAAUUGAUAACCCUUUUCUUUCGGGCCCGAUUGACAGGGGAUUCCUAUCAGGUCCCCUGUUUUCGGGCCCGCUUGAUCAUUUCCAGAGAAGUUAUUCUCACAGUGGCUAUGGUGGGUAUAGAAACCGAUCAAGAAAACGAAACUUGAUCAGGGGGAUUAAACGGGCGAUAUCGAAAACUUUUACGAUAUCAGCCCGUGGGCAGGGCUCGAAUUCGAGCGUUGCCCCAAUUAGUAAAAAUGUUGGAUUUGUGAAAGAUAAUGAUUGGGUUGAGGGUGGGAAUGAGAAAGUUAAUGAAUUGACUGUAAGUAGUAUUAAUUUAAGUAGUGAAGGGAGUUAUUUAGAUGAUGAUGAGUGUUUGGGUCAGGGUCAGAAUUUGCAAUGGGCUCAGGGGAAAGCAGGGGAGGAUCGGGUUCAUGUCGUUGUUUCGGAGGAACACGGGUGGGUUUUUGUUGGGAUUUAUGAUGGGUUUAAUGGUCCUGAUGCACCUGAUUAUUUAGUAUCUCAUAUGUAUUCAAAUGUUUAUAAAGAACUCAAAGGAUUGUUAUGGGAUGAUGAUAAUGAUAAUCAAAAUGAUGUAUCUAAUAAUAACGAUAAUAAUAGUACUUUGGUAGAGUCAUUAGACGUUGUGGACUUGAAUAGUACUAAUAACGAACCGCGAAAGAAUUCGUUACAUGAUUAUGAACUAGAGAGUUACCCAAGUGUAAAUGAGGAUUUUGAGAUUAAUUUAAGGAAAAAGAAAGGUAAGAUUAGGAAGCGUGGGGCGGCGAAGAAAAGGGAGGAGAAUCAGAGGAGAUGGAAGUGUGAAUUUGAUCGUGAAAGAUUGGAACUUGAUAGGAGGUUAAGGGAACAUAUGAAUACAAACGGGUCGAAUUCUAUUAAUCCUUCGGAUGUUUUGAAAGCUUUGUCACAAGGACUAAAGAAAACUGAGGAGGGUUUUUUGGAUAUAGCUGAUCAAAUGCUUGUUGAGAAUCCUGAAUUGGCUUUGAUGGGGUCAUGUGUUCUUGUUAUGUUAAUGAAAGGAGAGGAUGUUUAUGUGAUGAAUGUUGGUGAUAGUCGGGCGGUUCUAGCUCAGAAAUCCGAGCCGGAUAUUUGGGGACAAGAUUUAGAGAAGAUUAAUGAAGAAACAUGGUAUGAUCUUGAGGUUUUUGAGGCUGAUAUUGCCACUACAAAUUCUAGUUUAACUGCUUGUCAGCUUAGCAUAGAUCAUAGUACCUCCAUUGAAGAGGAAGUUCAAAGAGUAAAGAGUGAGCACCCUGACGAUGCUUGUGCAGUGAUGAAUGAUCGUGUCAAGGGGUCGCUAAAGGUUACUCGCGCAUUUGGUGCUGGUUUUCUUAAGCAGCCCAAAUGGAACAAUGCAUUACUAGAAAUGUUCAGGAUUGAUUAUGUGGGAACUGCUCCAUAUAUAAAUUGUCACCCUUACCUUCACCAUCACAAACUAGGCCCAAGAGACCGGUUCUUGAUAUUAUCUUCAGAUGGACUUUAUCAAUACUUUACAAACGAGGAGGCUGUCUCUGAAGUAGAGCUUUUUAUUCAAUGGUCACCUGAAGGUGAUCCUGCUCAGCAUUUAGUAGAAGAAGUUCUACUUCGUGCAGCCAAGAAAGCUGGUAUUGAUUUUCAUGAGUUGUUGGAAAUACCACAAGGGGAUCGAAGGCGCUACCAUGAUGACGUUUCGAUCAUUGUUAUUUCACUCGAAGGAAGGAUAUGGAGAUCGUGUGUGUAAUCAACACACAGAGUAAAGAUAGAAACCCACAAAUAAAAUUGGUUUCCUUACAUGAAAAUAGCUAGAUACAGUGCACCAACUCGACUCAUGCCCAAUUUUUCGAUCUUUCUUAUUCUGUGAGGUUUUGUAAAGGUGUAAAAUUGUUGUUUCAUGUUCAUUAAUAUGAAGCUGUCAUAUACCAGAAUUGCAAAUAUGAUAAUAAACUACCUGUUUUUUGUAAGAAGUUUGUAUUGUAUAAAGGUUAUAAAUACAUAUGAUUCACUCAA